ACGAAGAUUGCAAUGCGAGGCGUGCGCCCGCGCAUAACUGCGAAAACACCCAGUGCGGCCAAAUGUAUCGUAAAUGCUGCAUUUUUAUUUAAGCUGAACGUGGCUUGCUACGUACCCCCGCCCGGCGACAACGCUAUUGGAAGUGACGAGAUGGAACGCAUGUCAAUCUGGAGGUUGGCUCAGGUCCUUGUUUUCUUCCUAUAUUUGCAAACGAGCCAGUCUUCCGAGAUGUUCGACAGCGUCAUCUACGCCCGCCGGCGUGAACUGCUGAACAUGAAGGUUUCGCAGUGGAAACCAUUCCUGCAACGCCUGGACCACAGCCUUCGGAGCAACCUGGAUGUGAACGCCACUUGCCUAAGAGACAUGCGGUCGUUCGUCGAUGCCGUCAUGCAGCGCAGCGCCGCCGGUCUUGAACUGCUUGACUCUCUGGGAUCCUUACCCAGUGGAAUCCUGCGAGGAUCGCUGGUGGACGAAGGAUCGUACAAAGGCUGCUUCUCGGCGAACGUCACGGAUAAAAAUGGACGCUUCGUCUCGAGAAAGUUCUGCGACAUCGUCGUGUACCUCCGAGCGCUAGUUCCCAAUUUCCCAGGAAUUCGUCAGCACCAGAAAACGCAAGCGGAACUAUACGCCUUCGGGCAGUCGUUUGUAAAAAUAGGCAUAUGCAUUCCGUCUUCGUGCACUAGCGAAGACUACGCUGUCCUAAUUAACGAUGCUCUUUCACCGUGGAAUCUCGCAAGUAUCGUAGUAGUCUGUGAUGACAACAAAACACCUGAAAAGACGCCUGCGUUUAUUGUUUUCAUUCUAGGAUUAUUCGUCGCAACGGUGGCUCUGGCUACACUCACGGACAUGCUGAACCCAGCCAAGUCCACGUCCGAAGAUACAGCCUAUGGUUCUUCAAACACAGAUAAAGAUUUGAAGGAGAGGUUCCGGAGGCUGUCUGUGGUGUACACCUUGCGUGAGGCAUUUCGCUUGGACACCAGCAAUGACGCUCGGCUUGACGUCUUCAACGGCCUGCGUGCUUUGACCAUGGUGUGGGUCAUCGUCCUUCACACGCACCUCUACGUUGAAGAAACACUCCUUGAAAACACUGACGAAGUACAUCGAACGUCGAAGACAAUACCACGGCAGCUCAUCGUGAACGGGACCUUGAGCGUGGCAGUGUUUCUGACCAUCAGUGGCUUCAUGCAAUGGAUGACGGUUUGGAAGCGAUCGAAUAUAGAGAACGGCGUAGCUGGUUGGUUUGCGGUCGUCAUCCAUCGGUACCUCAGGAUGUUUCCACUCGUGGCCGUCACAGUGAGCCUCCACUACCUGCACGAAAUAUCUGGACACGGGACAAUCUGGGCCUACCAUACGAAACUUCGAAGGGAAGUCUUCGCCCAGAAGUGGUACCAGUACUUGUUGGGAACAGUCAACUUUCUCGGAAUGUUUAAAAUAUGCAACCCUCAGCAGUGGUACACAUCCACUGAUUUCCAGGUGUUCGUGCUCAUGCUGUUUUUCACCAUGAAGUUAAAAAGGUGUGUCACCAACUCGCCCAACUAUCAACUUUACUUCUACCUGUCUACCCGUCUUCCUGUGUUCUACCUGUCUUUGCAUAUUGGCAGCCUGUCAAGCAUCACGUGA